AUGAAUGAUGGAAUUUUGAUAUCAGACUAUAGGCAUAUCGUUGAUUCAGUAAAUAAUAGAAUGAAAAUUGAUACUACGAGAUAUGUAUAUCGAAAGCCAGAGAGAAUUACUAAAGUUUAUGAUAUUGAGAGAAAAUAUUUAUAUGUUAGCAGCCCUAGAUAGAAAAUGUGCAUGAGAUAUAACCUAGAAGACAUAAGUCCCAUUUCUCUACUAAAGAAACAUGAAGGUUUAUCUCUGAAAAAUAUGAUAACUUAGACAUGGGAUGAAUCAUAAAACAAAACUAAAUACUUUGGCAAAUUCAAUAUAAUCAAGUCAGAUAAUGAAGGAAUCAAAGAAAUUACUGGUUAUUACCAUGUAUUUAUGAAUCAUCAAAGUUUUAUUGACAUUGAGAAAGAUUAUCAGUAAUCUGCAAAGUUUGAAACCACUUUUUACUAUUUUGAUGAGAAAUUCAACUUGGUGGGAGGAGCAACUUUAGGAAAAUAGAAUUAAGAAAUAUAAUCAUUUAGUAUGAUUAGUUUCAAAGAAUUGAAACGGAAAGAUUUAAGUAUUGAUGGAGAUAGUGAUUAUUAGAACUAGAAUAAGUAUGAAAUCGAAUUUGUACUACUUGAAUGUAUUGAUGAAUAUUUCAAGGACUAAUAUAUUAUCGUAAAUGGCUUUCAUAUCGUCAAGAUUGUACCUAAACAAAGGUUUAGACUCUAAGUUGAAACUAUUUGA